UCGAAAGCGCGUACCCGACAUCGGAGCAGAAGAGAGGACAGAAGGCGGCAGAAAGACAAAAAAACGCCCAAUUAACCGAUUACUUUGAAAACCCGCACACAAAAUACAGCCAGGAUGUCAGAGGAAAAGCCAAAGGAGGGAGUAAAGACUGAGAACGAUCACAUCAACCUCAAGGUUGCAGGGCAAGAUGGGUCGGUGGUCCAGUUCAAAAUCAAAAGACACACACCGCUCAGCAAACUAAUGAAGGCGUACUGUGAACGACAGGGUCUUGCAAUCAGGCAGAUCAGGUUCAGGUUUGAUGGCCAGCCUAUCAAUGAGUCGGAUACACCUGCACAGCUGGAGAUGGAAGACGAAGACACCAUAGAUGUUUUCCAGCAGCAGACAGGCGGGCACUGCUAAGCCUCUCACCACCUCAUCGGCGGCCACCUUCAGACCACGCCCUCAGCCACCUUCACUGUCCCUCCCCUCCCCAUCGCUCCUCUCAGCCUAUUAUUAUUAUUAUUAAUAUUAUUAUUAUUUCUUCAAUUUAAAGAUGUCUGUCAUGGUUUUUCGUCAGGUGUGUGGGGGGAGGGGGCUCCUCAGCUGUUUAUGUACUGUCUCAGCCAGGACUGAACUCUUGUGCGUGUCAACAGUCUCUCCGCCGGCCAAUCAGGACAUUUCCUUUUGGCACCGCAGGCAGCGAUUGGACCAACAGCGCGUCACAGCUGUUCCUGGUUUGUCAGUGCUUCUCGUUCACUCUCCAGUGAAAGCUUAGUAUCCUGUAGUUUGUCACGGUUUUUCAUCAUCGGGGUCGAAUGCGAAGGCUCUGCAAGUUUCUGUCCAGGGGUCGCAGUUGGGCAUGAAAAUGUUUUAGAAGUGGAAGCAUUAUCUGAACUUAAAACACACCCGCUUUCCAUUUCACUUCGCUUUUCUGAUUUUUUUUUUUUUUUUUUGUCUAAACAGUGACUCCUGCUCUUCUGUCAAAAAAAUGUACUUUAAUUCUCUCUGCAUUUUAGGUGCUUUUGCUAAAGAGUUCUGCAAUGUAUUUGUUUGUUUUGUUUUCUUUUGGAUUUUUUUUUCUUAAGAGUUAACACCCAGGGGGCUUGUUGAUUUUUUUUUUUUUUUUCCUGUACAGAAGUAUCAGAGUGGAUGUUAGAUAACAGAGUUGUGGGGCAUGGACCAAUAACUCCAAAGAACUUCUGUUUCAUAAUCGAUGUACCUGGAUCACUCUAAAAGCAAACUGCAAGGUCAAAACUAUCACAUUUUAAGGGAGUUUGUAUUUCAUUAAUGUUAUUUGCUUCCUCUGGCUUCUACUAAUGAGUGGGUAUCCGUGGUACAGACUUUUAUUCGCUCAUCCAGACAAAUGCCUGUUUAGGGGAGGGAAAUGUAAUGUAUCCCUUGUUGGUCGAGUUUUGGCUGUGUAAGGAUAGUCUCUGAUGUGGAAAACAUAACUUUUUGUUUUCUUUCCCUAUUUGUGGCCAGUGGCCAGUCCCUAUGGUAUUCUUACAGGCCGCUCUGCUUGUGGGUUUUACAUUUUUGGGGUUAAUACUGUGGGUGGGAAUAACUGGAAGGUCGUUCCUCAACAUGAUUUUGGGGUCAGCUGUCUUGUUGCUGUAAAGUCGUUGUGAAUGUAGACUGAUGGGACAACUGAUCCUAGACACAUGUUGAAGAAGCUUCCAAUUUAAGCAAAGAUAUCCAUCAUAAGUCUGUUUUUGGUUAACAUUUUGAAGACACUUUUCACCGCUCAACUGUUCCUCGUGUGUAAAAGGCAGGUCGUUUGUUCAAAAACCCAACUGCAGUCUUGCAAACAGCGGUGGCGCUCCAAGUGGUGAAGAGUGUCUUCAAUAUUUUACAGUUUGGAGAAGGACGCAUGCAGUUUGUUGCAUAUUGGGAGGCCAACCAUUGGAAGUUUGGGAGAUAAGUGUUCUGUACCCACAGGGCCCUGUUCUUUGUACACAGAUAACCCAGUUGGCUUGAUUUGAUUGUUGGUCUGACAGGAUUUUUCAGUUCAGUCAGGAUUAAAAUGUGUUGAAGCAAAAAGUUCCUGCACUCAAAAUCCACAAGCUUAUUCAAAGAGGGAUGGAUCAUGACAACCCUUUUGAAUUUACCAAUUUUAAUUUAUUUUCAGAUAAUUUCUUGGAACAUAUUGUCAUCACUUAACAGGUUUUGAGUUAAAUCAUGCAUACUAAAACAUCCAACAAAAUAAUACCAAUGCAGCUUAGAAAAUAACUAAUGAAAUAUAUUUGGCGCAGUAUGAAUCCCACUGUUUUUGCAACAUAAAUCCUUGCAUUUUCAGGUAUUUAAAGGAUGCAACAUAAGCUGCACUAGCAAUUGGCUAUUAAUAUUUAUUAAUAUUUUCCAAUAUUUAUUAUAAAAAUGUUUGAAAAAGCUUCACUGUAACGCCACCUGUGACAAAAAUACCAGAUCUGAUUUCUCUCAAGGACAUGCCUCUGCACAAAUCAAAUCACAAGCAAUGUUUCUUUUAAUUUUUCCUGUCUCACAAAAUAAGAGCACAGUUUUCACGACAGCCUUCCACUCGCAUUUGAAGAACUGAGAAAGCUGGACAGGAAUCUUUAGAGCUGGCUAACAUCCAAGCUAAGCCAUAUAAUGUAUGAAGAACAGGGCCCACGUCUUGUCAUGUUAUUUGUUUCUCUACUGAUUUGUACAUUAUUUGUGGUCUUUUACUACUGUAUACAAUAAAUAUAGUUUGGUACUCAGA